GAGGGCGGGCCGGGGGCACCCUGGGGACCCCCGCCGUCGCCAGGCCCGGCGGGGCCCCUAGCCCACGAGCGCGACAGGUGGCGGCGGCCGCGUCCGGGGCCUGGCAGCGAGCGGGGCCGGCGUCCAGCGUCCCGGGGCCCGCCUUCCCGCCCUCCACAGUCUGUCCCGCUGUCCCCUCCCGGUCCUGGGUCCCGCCACCCACCCCACCCCCAGCCUCGCGCCCCGACGCGGGGUGUCCCGAGGCACGGCAGGGAGCGGGCCCCUGCCUCGCUGGCAGUGGGAGGAGUUUGGGGGCAGCUCCCGGACAGGUGGCCCGCACGCCGCGACUCCCAGAUUGGGGAGUUCACCGGGACGGGGCUUUCCGAAGCCACGUGGGGUAAGGGAGGGGGCGGGGGGCGACCCAACGCCCGGAAACAGGGUAUCCUUCCCACUCGGGGCAGGCCACGGGUCCGCCUUCCUACCUGAAGUUGAGGGACCCCAAGAUGUACCCCCUCCCUGUCUUCGCCUUGAUCGUGUUCUCCUGCAUCUAUGGCGAGGGCUACAGCAACACCCACAAGUCUAAGCAGAUGUACUGCGUGUUCAACCACAAUGAGGAUGCCUGCCGCUAUGGCAGUGCCAUCGGAGUGCUGGCCUUCCUGGCCUCGGCCUUCUUCUUGGUAGUCGACGCAUAUUUCCCCCAGAUCAGCAAUGCCACUGACCGCAAGUACCUGGUCAUUGGUGACCUGCUCUUCUCAGCUCUCUGGACCUUCCUGUGGUUUGUUGGUUUCUGCUUCCUCACCAACCAGUGGGCGGUCACCGACCCAAAGGACGUGCUGGUGGGGGCCGACUCUGCGAGGGCAGCCAUCACCUUCAGCUUCUUUUCCAUCUUCUCCUGGGUAGGACGGCCAGGGGCCGGUUCUUGGGUAAAGGGUGGUGGAGGGUGGGGUCCCCCACCCACCUGUACCCCUCUGUGCUCCCCCUGCAGGGUGUGCUGGCCUCCCUGGCCUACCAGCGCUACAAGGCUGGUGUGGACGACUUCAUCCAGAACUACGUCGACCCCACUCCGGACCCCAAUACCGCCUACGCCUCCUACCCAGGUGCAUCUGUGGACAACUACCAACAGCCACCCUUCACCCAGAAUGCGGAGACCACCGAGGGCUACCAGCCGCCCCCUGUGUACUGAGUGGCGGUUAGGGUGGGAAGGGGGACAGAGAGGGCCCUCCCCUCUGCCCUGGACUUUCCCAUGAGCCUCCUGGAACUGCCAGCCCCCUCUUUCACCUGUUCCAUCCUGUGCAGCUGACACACAGCUAAGGAGCCUCACAGCCUGGUGGGGGCUGGCAGAGCCACACCCCAAGUGCCUGUGCCCAGAAGGCUUCAGUCAGCCGCUCACUCCUCCAGGGCACUUUUAGGAAAGGGUUUUUAGCUAGUGUUUUUUCCUUGCUUUUAAUGACCCCAGCCCCGCCUGGAGUGGCUAGAAGCCAGCAGGCACCCAUGUGCUACUGAGAAGUGCCUCAGCUUCCCCCCGGCCCAGGUCAGGCCGCGGGAGCCGCUAUUAUCUGCAUUCUCUGCCAAAGACUCGUGGGGGCCAUCACACCUGCCCUGUGCAGCAGAGCCGGACCAGGUUCUUGUGUCCUCACUCAGGUUUGCUUCCCCUGUGCCCACUGCUGUAUGAUCUGGGGGCCACCACCCUGUGCCCGUGGCCUCUGGGCUGCCUCCCAUGGUGUGAGGGCAGGGCUGGUGCUCAUGGCACUUCCUCCUUGCUCCCACCCCUGGCAGCAGGGAAGGGCUUUGCCUGACAACACCCAGCUUUAUGUAAAUAUUCUGCAGUUGUUACUUAGGAAGCCUGGGGAGGGCAGGGGUGCCCCAUGGCUCCCAGACUCCUCUGUCUGUGCCGAGUGUAUUAUAAAGUCGUGGGGGAGAUGCCCGGCCCUGGGAUGCUGUUUGGAGACGGAAUAAAUGUUUUCUCAUUCA